AAACAGCAGGACACACGAAAAGUAAAUUGUUUGCUCCCACGAGAACGCAAUAACCAUGAAUAUGGAACCAAAUUCUGUUGAAAAUCGAGAGAAAGAGCGCGAUCGCCGAGGACGCGGAGCGCGUGGUUCACGUUUCUCGGACGCCGAUGGCAACAAUGGCAAUGCUGUUGGUGGUGGUGGUGCUAAUAUGUCACGGGAUAGAAGCCGUGAGAGGCGCAAUUGCCGGGUGUAUAUAUCAAACAUUCCCUACGACUAUCGCUGGCAAGAUCUGAAAGAUUUAUUUCGUCGAGUUGUCGGCUCCAUUGAGUAUGUACAGCUUUUCCAUGAUGAAAGCGGAAAGGCGCGUGGGUGCGGCAUAGUCGAAUUUAAAGAUCCGGAGAAUGUGCAAAAAGCAAUGGAGAAAAUGAAUCGCUACGAGCUAAAUGGUCGUGAGCUAGUAGUCAAGGAGGAUCAUGGCGAGCAGCGUGAUCAAUACGGACGCAUUGUACGCGAUGGUGCUGGCGGUGGCGCCAACAUUGGCGUUGGUGGUCGGGAUAAUAUGGACGAUGGACGGUAUCAACGACGUGAUGACGACAGAAUAUCUGGGCGUAAUAAUUUUAACAUGAUGUCGAAUGAUUUUAAUUCGUCGAAUUACAAUUUGUAUGGGCUUUCUGCUUCGUUUUUGGAGAGUCUUGGCAUAAGUGGACCUUUGCAUAAUAAGGUUUUUGUUGCGAAUCUGGACUACAAGGUGGACAGCAAGAAACUCAAGCAGGUGUUCAAGUUGGCCGGAAAAGUGCAAAGCGUUGAUCUAUCACUGGACAAGGAGGGCAAUAGUCGUGGCUUUGCUGUAGUUGAAUACGAUCAUCCUGUGGAGGCAGUGCAGGCUAUUUCCAUGUUGGAUCGUCAAAUGCUUUAUGAUCGUCGAAUGACAGUGCGCCUGGAUCGCAUACCCGACAAGGGUGAAGGACUCAAGCUGCCCGAAGGCUUAGGCGGUGUGGGCAUUGGCCUGGGUCUCAAUGGUGAACCCCUCAAGGAUGUGGCACACAAUCUGCCUAAUGGCGGUAAUCAGAAUGCCUCGCAGCUGCUUGGCAACGUGCAGCAGGGCUCCCAGCAACUGUCUGGUGUAACUGGCGGUCCGGUUGUGGGCGGCGGUGUCGGAAACAAUCCAGGCAAUAUGUUGGGUAAUCUCGGUGGCGUAAUGUUCGGCAAUAAUCCAUCGGUGCAGCCAUCACCAGUGGCACCAGUACAAAAACCUAGCAUGGGUAACAAUGCGGGUGGCAGCGGUAUCAAUUUAAACAAUUUGAAUCCUAGCAAUUUGGCUGCUGUUGUGGGCAAUUUGGGUAAUCUAGGCGCUGCUUUGUCCAAUCCACUGCUUACUUCAUCUCUAAACACGCUGGGUCUCAAUUUGGGCAAUUCCGGCAACAACGAUGAUACGCUGCCCGGCGGUAACAUGGGACUAUCGAAUAACUAUAGCAGCGGAGGUGGUGGGGGCGGUUAUGGCGGUUCCGGUGCGGGCAACAAUUAUAAUUCGUACAACAGCAGCGCCGGUGGCGUCUCCAAUCCUGGUAACAAUUCUUACAGCAGCGCUGGUAAUGUUUCCAAUUCAGGCAACAAUCAGCUUGAUGGCAAUGACUAUGGCAAUUCUGGCAAUCAAUUGGACAUGUACGGAGGCGGCGGUGGAAAUAAUGUAAGCGUUGGCUCUGGUAAUGUGGGCGUUGGUGGCAAUAAUGCUGGCAACGCUGGCGGCGGUCAACGUAAAUCAGACACCAUUAUUAUUAAAAAUGUACCAUUGAGUUGCACAUGGCAGACACUGCGUGAUAAAUUCCGUGACGUGGGCGAUGUCAAGUUUGCCGAAAUACGCGGCAACGAUGUGGGUGUGGUGCGCUUCUUUAAGGAGCGGGAUGCCGAGCUGGCCAUAGCGCUCAUGGAUGGUUCACGUCUGGAUGGUCGCACCAUUAAAGUAACAUAUUUUUAGCACUAAGCUUAUAGAUUUACGCCUACAACCACGGAUUAACAUGCCAACGUAUAUUUAGACACGACCAAACGGAUUCUUUUAAACCCAAGCCGCAACGUUUUUAGUUGUAGUGUGUACACAAACAUAAUUAUAUCUGUUUCAUUUUUAUACGCCACAUUACCCAUCGUAAAGUAU